AUGUCAACAAAUCCAACAAUGGAUACCAUGGAGCGGUACCGUGCUCUCACGGCCAACGGCCAGGAUUCUCGACGGGCCUAUCUCGAGCACUUCACUAAAAUCAAGAAGGUCGAGAAGGCCAAGUUCUUGGGUGACACCCCAAAGACUGGCAUGCUGGAGUGUCAGAUGGCUUUACCGGGCAACACUGUCGCUGAGGACUUCAUUGACGAGACCGACCCGACUACAAAGAAGAAGCUCGAUGAAAUCAAGACCUUGUACAACGUCUGGGUGAACUUUAGCCCUGGAGAUCGCUUUGUCAGCCUGACCGGCGAGAACACAGAGAGCUUGAAAAAGGCAAAGGAUGCACUGGGAGCUUUCUUGCUGAGCAUCAACCAGAAUGUCCAGAGUAAAAUGAUCACCCUGACCCAUCAUUCCAUUGCAACAACCCAAGUUCAUGUUGAGAUCAAGCCAAACAACCCUGAUCACUCGUCUUACCGGCCCGUCACUCAGAAAACUCCCACAGAGAAGUUGAGCGAGACCCCGAUGGAGGAGGAUCUCAUUGAUCUUUCUGAUGACUUGGAGGAGAGGAAAGAGAGAAGCUUUCAGCACGGUAUUGAUGGUCAGGGCUUUCAACAGAUCUCUGAUGCUACUCUGGCCGUCCUGGUGGACCAAUUCGAGGCGCGCGUUCGCGAGGCUGGCAAGCGCCUCCGCCCCGUUGCCGGCGAAUUCCGGGUGAGAGCACACAUGGGAACGUUCACGGUCAAGAAGCGGCAGUCAAAGAAGGACACAUACCACUCCGAUGAGGAACUGGAGAAGUUCCUAAAGAUGGGAGCCAACAGGGGCUACAUCUUUGUCGGCCAUAAGCUUGGUAAUGAGUCCUGGGCCGCCCGGAUGCUCGAGAUCAUCUACCAGACCGAGGAUCUCAACAACCCCAUCCUUGCUGAAUUCCUGGCCGCAGAACCGACGAUCAUCUCCAUCAGAGAUAUCAAGCCUAAGUACACCCUGGUUCUAUUCGCAAAGGACCUCAAGAUUGAGGUGGAUGUUGCGUACUGCCCCCAGUACCGUCGAAACCCAGAGGCUAGUAGUGUGCGUGCUUUCAACUUCAGCCGAGACAAGGUUGUCGAGGUUGCUGUGUCUUGCCCCGAUAGGAAGUUCGACUGGCAUUUGGCCAUCGAAGCUGAGAGCCCAGCAAACAGGAUUCCUACAGAGAUACAGGACUUUAUCGCUCGCGGUCUCAAAUUUAAGCGCCCAGUCUUGAAAGAAUCCGGUAUCAAUGACGACUUCCCAUUCACAGAGAUGGACCCUUACAUGCUCCGCGCGGCAGGCAUCGACCAAGUGGCCUGCAAGGUCUUCUGGACCUUUCAGACUGCUGAAAAGCCCUAUUGCCUCGAAGUGUCGGUCUAUCACGAGUGGGGCGCUGGAUUCCCCCAAGAUUCCAAGCCCAAUUACCAAUGGAAGGCCCUGAACACUGCUGCUGUCCCACGGCCGAUGAAGUCUUGUGGGGUUUCCUUCUACGGACAGGAUUGGGACGACAAGAUGCAAGAGAUGAACAGGCCGGGUGGAGGACGACAAGCCGACUUUGCCAACGCGUUCCCUGAUUUGUUUGUUACUGAGGACUCAACCUCCGGUAUCGAACAAUUCUUGCGAGAGAUGCAGCGUCUGCAUGAUUUCACGGAGCUGGCGAGUGUCACAGAUCAGAAUUAA